AUGGCGGAUCCAACCUCACCUAGCCCUUAUUCAGAGUACAAGAGAUUCGAGCCCAAGCAAAAGGUGGAACUCAAUCCGCCCAAGAAUGAUUUGAUCACACUGGAAGAGUUGAGUCAAUGUGAUGGAACUCAUCCGGACAAGCCAACAUUGGUUGCGAUCAAGGGAACCAUCUUCGAUGUCUCCAAGAAUGCUGCCUAUGCUGAGAAAGGCCAAUAUCAUGUCUUUGCCGGAAAGGAUCCGUCUCGCGCACUCGCCCUGUCGAGCUUGAAAGCCGAAGAUUGCGUCCCCGAGUGGGAUGACCUGGAUGAUAAGUACAAGACAGUGCUAGAUGAGUGGUAUGCCUUCUUCAGCAAGCGGUACAACAUUGUGGGAAAGGUCAGUACAGAAGCUCUGAGACUGUGUUUGACCAGGCUUGUUGGCGAGAACGAAGAUCAUUAG